UACUUUGGAAUAAACUUAAAUACUAAACAGAAAGUCUUAAAAGUGACAGAACAAUUGUGUAGCAGAUACUGCAACAAAUGGGGAGGGGGCGCCAAUUUGAGAGUUAUUAAUAACAAGGGCUGGCUUACAUGAAUGAAACUAGAAAAUGACGUUUAGAGAAAACAAAAUAACAGACAAUAAACGCUCUGGGUUUUGAAAUUCUAGAUUCUAGAAGUAACUACAACAGUAAGAAAAUGUAUCCUGAAGUUAAGAACAGAUAAAGGAUAGGUCAUUAAUAAUUUUUUCCAUUUUACUUCUGCUUCUGUUCACGUAAAACGCGAUCUAAAUGCGCCCUUUCGGUGCGCAUAAACGUUGUUAUGUAAUUUAAAUGUAAUGUGCCAUCAAAGAAACCUACAGACACGUGCAAAAAAAAAAAAAGAAAGUAAGAGAUGAUGACCUUGGAGCUUUUUAAAGAAAUAAUCGCCGCACAUGUUACAUAAACAAAAAGAAAUCAGGAAUAUGUUUUUGAAAGAGGUCACUACCAGCCUAUAGAGACAUCGCGUGGGAGACAAAAGGGUGCGCCAUGCCUUCUCUGCUAGAAUAUUACGUAUGGUUAGGACUGAAAAAUGCUUGCAGUCACGUUUGACGCCUCCAGCAGAAAUGGACGCCCUCGCGGAGCGGAUGCGAAAUGCGUUUCACGGGAAACGCACGCUUUUCGUGAUAAACGACUUCAGUCGAAAUAACACGAGACAAUGUUGUUUUGCAAGAAGUGGAAGCAAAGCGAGGAGUGAUAAAAAAAAACAUCAACAGGUUUGAAUGCGUGUUUCGCGUACGCAACAAUUUCACACGCGCCGUUGACGAGAGUAUAAAAGCCAGCUGGGUCCGGCAAGGAGCCGCAGAAGACAUUCGCCAUCGCCUCAGCGUCGUCUCGUGGAGAACAACGUCUCUGGAGAGGAGUGGGAGCUUCGUGAAACUCGAAAUGUUUCCUGCGGUGCAAGUUCUGCUUCUCUGGCUCGGUGGUAACGCCUUCGCUCAACACCACAACCAGCCGGCUCGAGCCGCACAACAAGGCUUCGACUAUCGCAACUACCUUGCUGCUGUGGCCCCGUACGCAGGAGGAUACGACGCCUACGCCUCUCAUUUCCAGACUCCGGCGCAAUACAGUCUCGGCUAUGAUGCGGCGGGCGAGUACAACGAUCGGCAGUUCGGCAGAGGGCAGGACGGCUCUAACGUCGCCAGUUUCGGCUUGUACGGCUACCCGGGCGCCAGCGGCCUCUACCGCCAAAUGAACUACGUCGACGCCGUGCAAGGUUUCCGGGCCCCAGUUGGUACCGUGGGUACCAGCGAGCCGGGCAGAUCUCCUGGUGUCAGCGGCGACGCAGUUUUCAACGCACCGCCGAUCGGCCUCCCUGUUCCGACAGGACCUGCCCAGAAUGCUGCAGCCGCAGCCUAUGGUGCGAGGGCCGCUGUACCUAACGCCGGAGACUACAGCCGUUAUGGGCGGCCGGCACCCGACCCGUACGCACUUGCUGCUGGCGCUUUCGAGUACGCUCCGUACGGACGCUACGGCUACGGAUUCAACGAGGCGGCUCUCGGUGGACAGGCUUACGACAGCUUCACUCCCUAUGGUCCUGCCGGCUACGCUGCUGGCUACAACCCCGGUGCCGAUGCGGCAUCUACCGGGUACACACACCGUCCUUCCGCCCAUCUGGCCUCACGCCGCAUGGCCACUGGGAGCAGCAUGCGAAAGAAGUAGCGCGGGAACUGUGGUCAGUUUACGAUCAGAAUGUACUGGUAACUGGAACAUACUACUUGAAGAAAAAAAUAAAAAGGAACUUGUCUGAAGCAGAUGCUUAAUAGAAAAUUGUUGUGGUGGC